AUGAAGACAGAAAUCUUCUUUCUGGUGUUGGUGACCCUCAGCCUGUUCCAAGCAUCUGUAUCGUCUUCAUAUGGUCCCUUAGAGAAACUGUCAGACGCAUCACUCCUGAGCAGUGUUAAUGAAGCCAAGCAGCUAGUGGAUUCAGCCUACAAGCACACACGUGACAGCAUAAAGAAGAACUUGCAGAACAAUGCUGUGACCCCAGUAGAGCUCCUGGGAUAUUUCAAGCAGCCAGUGGCAGGGACUCGGGCUGCAGUUCGGGCUGCAGAUUACAUGGAAACCACCCUGACCCUCCUCAAGGAGAAGCUGCGAUGGACUGUGAAGGGGGAUUUCAAUGUCACAGACAUGCUCACACCAGCCCAGCUGGGGAUGAUUUUCAAGGCAAGUGGAUGUGACCAGCAAAAUAAGAAAAUAAAUUGUGAAUCUGCUUCGUGCUACCGAACAAUCACUGGCAAGUGCAAUAACAGGAGAAACCCAUCACUAGGAGCUUCAAACACAGCCCUUGUCAGAUGGUUGCCAGCAGAAUAUGAGGAUGGUGUGUCACUCCCCCGUGGGUGGACAGAAGGAAAGCGUUUUUCUGGAUUCCCUUUACCAUUGGUUCGAAAAGUGUCAAAUGAGAUUGUUCGUUUCCCCCCUGAGCAGCUCAAGCUGGACCAGCAGAGAUCACUUAUGUUCAUGCAGUGGGGCCAGUUUAUUGACCAUGACCUGUCUUUCAGUCCCCACACUCCUGCUAGAGUUUCCUUCAGCGGCAAGGUGGACUGUGAGACCAGUUGUGCCAAGCAGCCCCCCUGCUUUCCCAUUAAGAUCCCACCCAAUGACCCACGAAUUAAAAACACAAAAGACUGCAUUCCAUUCUUCCGCUCAGCUCCUGCUUGUGACAGCAGCAAAGGAAUUCGAGAGCAGAUCAAUGCGCUCACAUCUUUUCUUGAUGCUAGUAUGGUAUAUGGCAGUGAAGUGCCUUUGGCCAACAGAUUGAGGGACUGGACCAACCAGCUGGGCUUGAUGGCUGUUAAUAAGAAUUUCACUGAUAGAGGGAUGGCUUUUAUGCCCUUUGACAAAUUGCAGAAGGAUCCCUGUCUUAUCGUCAGUAGGAAAGAUAAAAUCCCAUGCUUUAUUGCAGGUGAUUCUCGAGCAAACGAGAUGCUGGAGCUGGCAUCCAUGCACACACUUUUUCUGAGGGAGCACAACCGCCUGGCUAGAGGGCUGAAGAGAUUAAAUCCCCACUGGAAUGGAGAGAAGAUCUACCAGGAGGCACGGAAGAUCCUAGGUGCCAUGGUCCAGAUUAUAACCUACAGGGACUACCUGCCUCUUCUGCUGGGAACUCAUUUCCAGAGAAUGAUACCUUGCUACCAAGGCUACAAGGACUCUGUGGAUCCUCGAGUAUCCAAUGUCUUCACUCUGGCAUUUCGUUUUGCACAUGCUUCAGUUCCCCCAUUUGUGGAUCGCUUAAAUAAAUCUUACAAGCCUAUAGGCCCCAAAAUCCAACUCAGCAAAACCUUCUUUGCUGUAUGGAGGAUUGUGAAAGAAGGUGGUAUUGACCCCUUUCUCCGGAGCCUGAUGGUUAAUCAGGCCAAGUUGAUGACACAGCAACAAAUGGUUGUGGAUGAGCUCCGGGAUCGGAUGUUUGAGCAGGUCGAAAGGAUCGGGUUGGAUUUACCUGCACUUAACAUGCAGCGUUGCAGAGAUCAUGGCCUCCCAGGUUAUAGCUCCUGGAGACAGUUCUGCAGGCUCUCAAAACCUCAUAAUUUGAAUACACUUGCUCGAGUGUUGAAGAAUCGUAGUCUGGCAAGGAAAUUCAUGCAGCUGUAUGGGACACCAAAGAAUAUUGACAUUUGGAUUGGGUCACUUGCAGAGCCCUUUGUAAAUGGAGGAAGAGUUGGUCCUCUCAUGGCUUGUAUCAUUGGCACCCAGUUCAGGAACCUACGUGAUGGAGACAGGUUUUGGUGGGAGAAUAAAGGGAUUUUCACUCCUCAGCAGCGCUCUUCACUGGCCAAAAUCUCCUUGUCACAAAUAAUAUGUGACAACACCCACAUCUCUAAAGUGUCAAGAAAUAUCUUCCGGGCCAACAGAUAUCCUCAAGACUUUGUGAGCUGUAGUCAGAUCCCAAAGCUGGACCUCAGAGCUUGGAAGGCAAGGAGGACUGAAGAAGGUACAAAAUGAGAAGAAGCAUCUGGUGACUUUUAAUGCUGAACGUUAAGGAUUUCCUCAGACAUCUUGACUUGCAAGCUGCUCAGAUGGAUUUUUUUUUUUUUAACUAUGCUUAUGCUUUUACUACCAAAAAUGUUUGGGCAUGAUUGCUGUCACUUGCUCAAUUUAGUUUGCAUGAAGCCUUUCCAAUGAGAUAGAAUCCAGCAAUAAAAGAACUUUAUUGAAAGACGUUCCAGUUCCAUGCAAGUUACUCAAUAUCACAAAGCAGAACAAAAUGACCUAUCAAAAAAGACUGACUACUAUUCAAACGGACUCCUUGCUUAAGCAAUUUCAUAUAUACUGGGUUUCAGUAAGCUUUACCAUCAAAAACAUUUUGUACACUCCUUUCGCAUGACAGCAAAUAGUUGCCAGCCCACACAGAAAGAGAUGUUCUAACUGAGGCUUUGGAAUGAACUUUUCACUUCUCUUGCUUAUUUUUGCUCUGCAAUGUUUUAUUUCAAAAAAUACAGAUUUUAAUUUCCAGAGAAGAUCUAAUUGCUAAUUACAUGGUGCAUUUAAAUGAAGCAGUGAUGCUGUCAUGCAGAAUGAUGGAAUUGCCCACACAGAAGAAAGAAGAUGUUGUCUCGUCAAUUCCUGCCCUUACUCCAGACUGAUUAAGGCAUCGUCUAGUGUGAGGGAAAACUGUGGCAACAUAUUCCUGUAGCCAGAAAUGAGCCUGUAUGACUUACCUCUGAUCUGUAGAGGUGAUGGGAUGUGUCCUGGCAAAGACUAGAACAGUGCUGGCUCAAAGAGUGAAAGGCGUGAUAAAAAUCUGUGGCUGCUUCUCUGAGAAGAACUGCCAGUUUUCAGGGAAGUUUGGUGCACAGUCCUCUGGAUAUGAACAAACUUCACUUUUCUUAAAGUACAAAAAAUGAAUAGCUUAUCUAGUUUCACUCCAAGUUUUUCUCCUCAUUAUCUUUUGCUGAAGGUAGCAAAACUGUUUUCUCCUUCUCCUGUAGUUUGACAAUCAAUACAAAUGUAGUUUAUCAGUCAGUAAAAGAUAUUUUGAGCUGAGGCUGAAAUGUUCCUUGCAUAUUGUAACAGGUACAGUAACAAGAGGAAGGUGGAGGAUGGUGAUGUUUUGUAUGGGGAUCUUGCACAAAACGUAUCCAAGUGAAGAACACACUUAUUUUUAAUAAAAGAAAGUAUUCAUGGAGGA